AUCCCCUCGAAGCGCUGCCUCCUUUGCGCAGUUUCAGCUGGCCUGUGUCCACUCCCUUCACUGGAUGUGAUCUUCCCCUCGAUCCACCCUUUCACAGUCGGGAGCGAACCAUAUUGUUCUUUAUCCGACGCCCCUCAAGACUUUCGAUGCAUUUCCGUGAGAUUAGACGGUGGGGCACUCUGAGGAUGGUCGAUGGAGGGGCGCCCCAAGGGAGCUGAAGAUGCUGAGUAGGGUUGUCUAGGCAGCACAUAUAUAAGAUGCUCUGUCCCCUCCCAUCCAAACCUUCUCUUCUCUUCCUCAUCAAACACUCAACUUUCUACUCUACCUAAAACCCUUUUACUACUUCAUACGUCAAUCAUCAUGGCCUGGGGCUGGAAUCAAUCCGACGACGCUCACCGUCAGGUGUACGAGAACAAGCACGAGGGUCACCUGUCCCACGAGCUCCUUGCCGGUGCCGCUUCCUUCGCUGGCAUGAAGGCCUGGGAGGACCACCAGCGCAAGCAGGGCAAGACCGUCAGCCACGCUUUCGCCAAGGAGGCCCUUGCCGCCGUUGUUGGCGCUGAGGUCGACAAGCUCGCCGAGACCAAGGGCAUGGACGAAGUCGACAAGAUCAAGGCCCGCGAGCACGCCAAGAAGAACGCUCACCACAUGUACGAGGAGCACUACGAGCGCGGACACGGUGCCCCCGAGUUCGACCCCGGCCGCUUCCCUCCCCCUGACCGCUUCGAGGGCCGCCGUGGUGGCUGGUAAGAAGCCUCUUUGUGUGUGAUGGGAAACCAACUGGAUUUGGACCCUAUCAUCAGGGGUUGAUACGAAGAUGGAUGGUGGGAAUGAAACGAAUAUGAUCAUGGAUUGAGAGCGCUGGUAACACGGCCUCUCCUGCAUGUAUUCUUAUCUAAUAAACCAAGAUAUCCAAAUGAAUUAUUUAUUAUCUCAAUGUGAAACAAAC